UAUCAACAAAAAAUCAUCAAAUAUAUCAAACAAACUUGUUUAUGUUUUUUUUCGUUUCUCUUUCCUUCUUCUCAUCACUUUCAUAGCCAUGAAUGCCAUAGCUACUGCUUCUGCUUUAUCUCUUCCUAUCUUUUGUAGAACUUCCAAGCUUGACACCAAAAGGGGUUUGAAAGGUAAAUUUGGAGUGUUUGCUGUGUUUGGAGAAGCAGACAAGAAAAGUGCAUGGGGUGCGAUAUUUGAUGUACAGGAUCCAAGAUCUAAGGCGCCACUAAGUAAAGGGAAAGUUUUGGAUGUAUUUCAAGCCAUAGAAGUGGCUAGGCAUGAUAUUGAGUACUUAGAUUGGCGAGCUCGGCAAGAUGUGCUUACCAUCAUGCUCCUCCAUGAAAAGGUGGUUGAAGUUCUCAAUCCUCUAGCUCGUGAAUUCAAGUCAAUUGGCACCAUGAAAAAGGAUCUAGCUGGGUUGCAGGACGAAUUAGCAGAAGCACACAGACAGGUCCAUAUAUCUGAAGCAAGAGUUUCUACUGCUUUAGAUAAACUCGCUUACAUGGAAGAAUUGGUAAAUGACAGGCUAUUGCAAGACAGAAGCACGGCUGAAGUUGCCGAGACGUCCUCUCCUCCGAGUACUUCUAAUAAAUCUGUACAUACUGAAAGAAGAAGGAAGCCAAAGAAAAGCUUAAAUGUAUCAGGUCCAGUUCAGUCAUACCAUCCUAAUUUAAAGAAUUUCUGGUAUCCUGUUGCUUUCUCUGCUGACUUAAAGGAUGAUUCCAUGGUCCCAAUGGAAUGUUUUGAGGAACCAUGGGUUAUCUUUAGGGGUAAAGAUGGCAAACCUGGAUGUGUUCAAAAUACAUGUGCACACAGAGCAUGCCCCCUUCACCUUGGUUCUGUAAACGAGGGUCGUAUCGCAUGCCCCUACCACGGCUGGGAAUAUACGACUGACGGAAAAUGCGAGAAAAUGCCAUCUACUCGAAUGCUAAAUGUAAAGAUAAAGUCAAUUCCAUGUUUUGAAAAAGAAGGGAUGAUCUGGAUUUGGCCUGGCAGUGAUCCCCCAGCAGCCACACUUCCUUCUUUACUACCUCCUUCUGGAUUUAUAGUCCAUGCCGAGAUUGUCAUGGAACUUCCGGUUGAACACGGCUUACUUUUGGACAACCUUUUGGAUCUUGCGCACGCCCCUUUUACUCAUACUUCAACAUUUGCUAAGGGAUGGAGUGUUCCCAGCUUCGUGAAUUUUUUGACACCUGCAUCUGGUUUGCAAGGAUAUUGGGAUCCCUAUCCAAUUGAUAUGGAGUUUCGACCACCUUGUAUGGUUCUAUCAACCAUUGGAAUUUCGAAGCCUGGGAAACUAGAAGGACAAAGCACCAAAGAAUGUUCAACACACCUGCACCAACUACAUGUCUGCUUACCCUCUUCAAAAGAUAAAACAAGACUGCUAUAUAGAAUGUCACUGGAUUUCGCUCCCCUUCUUAAGCAUAUGCCUUUUAUGGAACAUCUAUGGAGGCAUUUUGCAGAACAGGUUUUAAACGAGGAUCUACGACUAGUGGUUGGUCAACAAGAGAGAAUGAAUAAAGGUGCAAAUGUAUGGAAUGUGCCAGUUACCUAUGACAAGCUUGGAGUAAGGUAUAGGCUUUGGAGGGAUGCAUUGGAAAAGGGAGAUAAGCAACUACCCUUCAACACACAUAAUAAUUAAAUACACAAAUUAAACAAUGCUUUUUGUCUCACUUAUUGACAUGCUUCUUAAGAUCCAAUAAGGAUAUUUUUCUUUUUAGUCAAAGCUCUUAGACAACCUUGCAUUAGAACUUCAUGGCUUUGCAUCAACCUAGUGAAGCUACCCGGGAAUGUUAUGUUGAUAUAAGAGUCUGUUCCUUUGUAGAAUGACAAGGUUGUACUCUUUGAGGCUUGACAAUUUUUUUACCUCUUAAAUUUGUGUACAGUGUUAAAUCCAAUUUAUGGUUUCACCAUCUUAGAUGGUGGUGUUAUAACCACACCCUUGAAUGAAGGGGAUUGUUGUAUGACAAUAUAUUAGUACAAUGUUGAUUAAGAAUUCCUGACUGGUUUCAGUUACAA